GGCACAGCAGGUGUGAGUCCCGGUGACUGUCGCUACCUUUUUCUUUGAGAUGGCUCUACAGGUCCCCAGCCUCCUCCUUGCAGCAGCUGUGGUGCUGAUGGUGCUGAGCAGCCCAGGGGCCGAGGGCAGAGACUCCCCAAGGGAUUUCGUGUACCAGUUCAAGGGCCAGUGCUACUACACCAACGGGACGCAGCGCAUGCGGCUUCUGAACAGAUAUAUCUACAACCGGGAGGAGCACGUGCGCUUCGACAGCGACGUGGGCGAGUUCCGCGCGGUGACCGAGCUGGGGCGGCCGGACGCUGAGUACUGGAACAGCCAGAAGGAGAUCCUGGAGCAGAAGCGGGCCGAGGUGGAGACGGUGUGCAGACACAACUACGGGGUUUUCGACAGCUUCAUCGUGCAGCGGAGAGAGCAGCCCAAAGUGGCCGUCUCCCUGUCCAGGACGGAGGCUCUCAACCACCACAACCUGCUGGUCUGCUCGGUGACAGAUUUCUACCCAGCCCAGAUCAAAGUGCGCUGGUUCCGGAAUGGCCAGGAGGAGACUGUGGGGGUCGUGUCCACGAAGCUUAUUCAGAACGGGGACUGGACCUUCCAGGUCCUGGUCAUGCUGGAGAUGACCCCUCAGCGGGGCGAUGUUUACACCUGCCAUGUGGAGCACCCCAGCCUGCAGAGCCCCUUCACUGUGGAGUGGAGCGCACAGUCUGAAUCUGCCCAGAGCAAGAUGCUGAGCGGCAUCGGGGGCUUCGUGCUGGGGCUGAUCUUCCUCGGGCUGGGACUGUUCAUCCGUCGCAGAAGUCAGAAGGGACCUCGUGGGCCUCCUCCAACAGGGCUUCUGCAGUGAUUCACGAGAGUGUUUUGACUGAGUUGACUGCCACAUUAUAAGACCUGCGACCUGCCUGUUCCUGCCCCAAAUUCCCAUCUGUGCCUGCCCGUCCCUCUCUUCUUCAGAGUCUGGCAUGGUGCCAGUGUACUCGACAGUUCACUCCUGUGAUCCCUUUGACUCUGCUCCUGGGCUGAUUCCAGAGAGAGUCUGUGUACUGCAGCACAGUCUCCUGAGACCCCCAGGCCUUCUGUUUCCACCGUCCCGCACAGGCUGCUGAAGAGAUGCGCUGAAAACAUUUGCUUCUUUUUCAUAAUUAAACAUAUCCUGAAUUAUGUGUAUCCCUAACCUCCUUAACUGACUGGGCUGGGUGGAAGCCAUGUGGGACCAGGUGACCCAGCCAAACUGUGCCGGGAGUAGAGGUUUCUGCUACAAAGGUAACGCAAAGCAUCCUGGGCUCCAUGUUAAGGAGGGCUGAGGAGACAGGCGCCUGCUGCCUCAUCGCUAUGGCUUGUACUUUUGCUCUUCAAUGUGCUGUUUUUACCCCAGCCUCUUCCAGGUCAGUGACAACAGUGCAAGUAAACAUAGUGGAAUUGCUGGGUGACAGUGCUGGGCCCUCUCAUCAUUUCAAAUGUGUCCUGCGCAGUCACAUUGAUUGGCGCCCACUUUCACUUUUUAAAGAUUACAGUCAACAAUAAAAGUAAUUUUGUGAUUGCUGAUGACAAAAACCCAA